GCCCGGUCAGGCAGCUCACCCAUCAAAUACCUUCGCUGCACAAAAGGAUUUAUCGCGCUCGACAUGUAACCGUCGGACGCACGAACAUGGUGCUAAUUAUCAUAUAUGCGCAGGUAUUGUUGAUGUGCGCAUGUGGCGCUGAACCAAAAAUCGUAUACUCCAGACCGCCGCGCAACGACACCGACAUGACGGUGCAGACGGCCGAAUCAGACGACGACGAGACGACCACGGCAAACACUACGACCAAGGCGGCGCUGGCCACCUUAGCGUCCACCGGCCACCGGUACGCGGACAGCAGCAAGAGUAUGUCGUCCCGGGCCAACAAUUACUACGGCGUGCAGUAUUACGCGCCACCCGUCGUGCACGGCACCGUUGCCGACGCAUUCGUCCGCCAAUUGCACAUGCAACAACAGCACAUGCAGCAGCAACAGCAGCAACAACCCCACCACCAGCCUCACGGGCUGCAACAACCUGCAUCCGUGGCGACGGCGGCAUACCAUCCACGCGUCGGCGAUCGUCCGCCGUGGGGACAGACGGCCGCCGUAGUGCACGCCGACGGUGGACCGAUACUGAUGAACCCGUUGCAUCUGCAACCGGCGGCCUACGACGACCCGUCCACGGCACGGUACGCGCCGCCCAAACCACACAGGGCCCAGCAGGUGGCAAGGAUCGUCAAGUAUGGGGAACCGGCGRCGGCCGCGGUAGCAUACCAGCUCCCGUACAUGGCGGCCGAUACAGACGACCGGACGCUGUUGGACAACCUACCGGCACUCCAGUUCGCGCUCCAGCACGCCACUGGUAAGACGCCGCCUCCGCCGUUGAUCUCGACGUCCCACCAACAGUACGCGGCCCUCCAGCAACCACCCAACCAUCAUUACCGUCACCACCCGAUCAAACAGACACCGGCUACCGCCGUGCAUCAAAUCUACCCACCGCCACCACACCACCACCUGCACAGCCAUCAUCAGAGACUGCUGCAGCCGUAUCCCAGUCACCAAGCGCACCUACAUCACCGGUACGCCCCUUACGGUGCAGCACAACCGGCCACCCGGUAYACGCAAGUGCCAUUCCUGUACAACCUGCCGGCGCCGCCGACCGCGCAGCGACACCUGUUGGCACCCGCAGAGUAUGAUCUGGUGACCCGAUUCAACAGACUGCUCAAGCAACGCGAGCGAGACGACCGACACCACGGCCAUGAAUCGGCCCGGCGCCGGCGGCCGGACGACGGUGACAUUAGUGGUGGCGCGGUCGUCGUCGACGAGAUCGGUGAUGGUGAGGAAGAGGAGACGGCCACCCGGCCGGCGGUCAAAGCAAAAAAGGCCAAGAAGAAGAGGAAGAAGAAACCGGCAAAGGCUACCACCCCUGCGCCGCCGGCGCCGGUCGAAGAAGAACUCGACGAGGAUGACAGCGACAGACGACCGCCGCCGUCACGACGCCACAAAGAACUCGUGCAGCAGGACGACGAACGGGCUGACGACGAACAGCCGAACACCGAAGAACAGGAAUCGCAAAACGUGCAAACCAGCGAAAAGUUGCCCGAAAACACGAUCCUUCAGGAAACCGAAGACGAACUACAACACACGUUGGAUGAACCGCUUCAGUCCAACAGACAGUUCAGGUACGAGGAAAGGGACAACGGAGGAAACGUCCACGGCCAUUACGGAUACCUGGACAGCGAUGGGAAAAUGCAAGUGUACAACUACAGUUCGCAUCCAGAGCUCGGGUAUCACGCGCAAAAGGCCGAAGCGCUCGAAAUGUGACAGCGAUUGUAAAUCACUAUAGUAAUACGUGAUGUGAUUAUCAUAGUGUAAUAUAAUAAUAUUAAUAUGAUUGUUGAUAAAUUAUUAUUGUAAGUAUAUAAAUUGUA